AUGGUUUACACUGUUAUACCAAAGGAAUCGCCAUGUUGGUUUACCAGCAUUGGGAUGUUCAUCAUUGAUGAAAAUAGGUUUGCACCAUCGACGAAAAAGGAACCGAUCCGCGACAUUAUCGGCGGAGGUUUGACAUUUGCCGUAAUUGGAGCUCGUAUGAUUGCAGGAAAGACAAAUGGACCAAAAGUAUCAGGAAUUGUCGACAAGGGGUCUGAUUUCCCCGAUUCUGUGGAGGAACAAAUUAAAUCUUGGAACACUGGUCUUAUCUUUAGAGAAGAUCCAACUAGACUUACUACUAGAGGAGUUAACAAUUAUCUUGAAAGUGGUGUGAGGGAAUUUUUCUACCAUGCACCAAAAAAGAGAAUUGAAGCUAUAGAUAUUUUGUCCUACGAUCGUCUUCUUCACUCCAAAUCGUUCCAUUUGGUCUGCACCACUGAGAGAUGUGAACAAAUUAUAGACAUCAUUCUUUCAAACUUACCAAAGGAUUCAGAUCAACCAUUCUUUUUAUGGGAACCAACACCUGAUGAUUGCAAACCAGAGAAUUAUGAGGCAUUGUGCAAACUCCUCCCUAAGAUUGAUGUGUUUACCCCAAAUCUUAUUGAAUCUCAGAAUUUCAUUGAGAAGACUGAUGUGGAGAUGGAAACUGAUAAGAUAAAGUCCUUCGUAGACUCUACUUUCCUCCCAUAUUUGACUAAGAAGAAUUCCGGUAUUGCUCUUCGUUGCGGUGCCCGUGGUUGUUACAUUAGAACCCCAGACGUAGAUGUUCUCCUUCCAGCGUUCCACGAUAAUCAAGAGUUGGUGAUUGACCCAACUGGUGGUGGUAACCUGUUCUGUGGGGGGUUCAUGAUUGGAUUGUUGUUAUCCAACUUGGAUUGGGUAGCAGCUGCUAUCUGUGCCAACCUUGUCAGUGGCUGUGUGGUUGAGCACUUGGGUGUACCUACACUUACAGGUGACGACACUUGGAACGGUAAGACAAUGCAAACCAGAUUACAUGAGUACUUGGCCAAAUUCCCAGAAUUGAAAUCAUAUCAAAGCAAAAUUGGUUGGCUUUAA